AGGGCUUCCUGCACGUCUCCGCGCGUCACAUGGCCGCCGCCCUCAGCCCCCUGCGCGGCUCCAACGUCUCCCCCGCCUCCCUCUACUACUCCUCUUCCUCCUCCUCUUCCUCCCCUGCCUCCUCCCUCACCUCAUCCUCCUCCGCCGCAUCAGACCCCUCCGCAGCAUCCCAGCUGUCUCCGGAACCACAUGUUAUGCCGCAUCAGCCGCAGCAACCUCCGCAGCAGCAGCAGCAGCCCUUCAGCCCGCAGUCGCUGGCCAUGAUGCUGUCAGCGCUGGCGCGACUGCGCUACCGGCCGCCCCCGCAGUGGAUGGAGGGCUUCCUGCAUGUCUGCCGCAUGCAGCUUCCCUACUUCAACGCCCAUGCAGCCUGCUCCCUCGCCUGGGCCCUCACACGCCUAGACCGCCCAAACCUCACUUGGUGGACGAAGUGGGUCAAAGCCUUUACCUCUGCAACGCAUCCGCUGCUGCCUUCCAUGCAACCCCGAGGGCUGUGCAUCCUCUUGUGGUCUGUCUCGCAUUGGCGUGACACGUUACCGCGGGAUUGGGUCCUGGAUGCCGCCGCGGUGGGGGCCAGGCAGUUGCGCGAGGGGGCGGCGGAUUGGAACCGGGAGGCUGCUGUUCUGGAGGCGGCAGUAGCACAAGCGGAGGCCGUAGCCGCUGCUGCCGCGACAGCAGCAGGUAACGAGGGUGUUGCAGGUGCCGGAGGGGGUUCAGCGCGGUCUCAGCGGCUGCUUAAUCAACGGCGGUUGCGGUUGCUGCAACAACAGCUUCAACAGGAGCUGCAACAGCAACAAUGGCGAUUACGGAUGCGCUCGGAGUUCCUGGCGAUUUUGGUCUGGUCCCUUUCUCGGUUAGUCGUACGAACGCUACCCGAGGCUUGGCUAGCACAAGCGGAUGCGGCGACGCAGGCGCUCAUGCGCUACAGCCGUGCUGCAGCCGCUGCAAGCGCAGUUGUCGAAAGCCUUGACGGACCCACGGGUCACCCACAUAACAGUAGCGGCAGCAACCUCACACCUACCGCCGCCGCUGCCCAGCACCACACCCUGGGCCCUCGGGAGCUAACCAUGCUGCUGCAAGGCUGGGCUCGCCUCCGCAGCCCGGUAUCUGAGAGCUGCCUGUCGUACGCCUUGUCGUACAUUGAGGAAGCGGGCUUGUCGUACGUUGAGGCGGCCGCCACAUGUACGGCACCCACUGCCUUACAUGCCGUACAACAAGCACCCCAUGCGGGACCCUAUUAUGUGGGACCCCAGCAUGUGGUGUUAGUGCUGUGGUCAUGUGCCGUGGCAGGUUGGCAGCCCUCAGAUCAGCUGCAGCGGCUUGCGGACCUCCACUCUCGCUUACUGCUGCUGCUGCUGCAAAAGAAUAAGAAGCUGGCCGGAACUUUGACAACGCAAUCACAACAUCAGCAGCAGCACCAGCAGCCACAACCAGGACCACAACCACAGCAGCUCGAGGCGGAGGCGGCCGGAGGCCCAUUGCAGCAGCAACACCAGCAACAGCAGCAGCAACACCAGCAGCUAUGGCAGCAGCAGCAGCAACAGGGGGCUGCUUUCCACGUGGCGCAAGAGCUCGUGCUCCGUCGUCAAUCCGAGCUGGGCAUGUUGGUAUGGGCGCUGCAGAAGUGCGGCGCCCCGCACCCGCCCCCCUGGUUUACCGAGGUGCUGCAUGCCAUGACUGCCAGCAUGGAAGCAACGGCGGCGGCAGCAGCAGCGGCAGCAGCAGCAGCAGGUCCUGCGGCACAGAAUGUCAGGGGUGGUGGUGGUGGUGGUGGUGGCAGGGUACCUAACACGUCGGUUGGGUUUCGCACAGCUGCGAUAACCCUAGUGACGGUGGCGACGCUGGCUCGUGCAUGUUUGACCUGGCAGUUGUACCCAGGAGACCGUUGGGUGGCAGCAGCGGUGGCGUGCUUGGAUGCGGGGGCGCUUCCGACGCGGAUCCGGAAUCCGCAUCGCCGUACACAACUGGAAUCCGGCGUACGAGAUCUGCUAGAGCAGCUACUAGAGCUGCCGGGCGCUGGGAGCGCGGAGGCUGU